AUGGACAGGAGCUCCCUGCUGCAGCUCAUCCAGGAGCAGCAGCUUGACCCUGAGAACACCGGCUUCAUCGGCGUGGAGACGUUUGCCAGCCUCGUGCACAGCCAUGAGCUGCCCCUGGACCCCGCCAAGCUGGACAUGCUGGUGGCCCUGGCACAGGGCAACGACGAGGGGCAGGUCUGCUAUCAGGAGCUGGUAGACCUGAUCAGCAGCAAGCGCUCGAGCAGCUUCAAGCGAGCCAUCGCCAACGGGCAGCGAGCCCUGCCCCGGGACGGGCUGCUCGACGAGACCGGCCUGGGCUUCUACAAGCGCUUCGUCCGCUACGUGGCCUAUGAGAUCCUGCCCUGCGAGAUGGACCGGCGCUGGUACUUCUACCAGCACCGCACGUGUCCCCCGCCCGUCUUCAUGGCAGCCGUCACCCUCACCCAGAUCAUCGUGUUCCUGUGCUACGGCGCCCGGCUGAACAAGUGGGUGCUGCAGACCUACCACCCCGAGUACAUGAAGAGCCCCCUGGUCUACCACCCCGGGCACCGCGCCCGCGCCUGGCGCUUCCUCACCUACAUGUUCAUGCACGUGGGGCUGGAGCAGCUGGGGUUCAACGCCCUCCUGCAGCUGAUGAUCGGGGUGCCACUGGAGAUGGUGCACGGCAUCCUGCGCAUCAGCUUCCUCUACCUGGCCGGCGUCCUCGCAGGCUCCCUCACCGUCUCCAUCACGGACAUGCGGGCACCCCUGGUUGGUGGCUCGGGGGGGGUCUACGCGCUCUGCUCGGCUCACCUCGCCAACGUCGUCAUGAACUGGGCCGGGAUGCGCUGCCCCUACAAGCUGCUGCGGAUGGUGCUGGCGCUGGUGUGCAUGAGCUCGGAGGUGGGUCGCGCCGUCUGGCUCCGCUUCUCGCCGCCGCUGCCGGCCUCGGGCCCCCAGCCCAGCUUCAUGGCCCACCUGGCGGGGGCCAUCGUGGGCAUCAGCAUGGGGCUGACCAUCCUGCGCAGCUACGAGGAGAGCCUGCAGGACCAGUGCGGCUGGUGGGUCGUGCUGCUCUCCUACGGCACCUUCCUGCUCUUCGCCGUCUUCUGGAACAUCUUCGCCUACGACCUGCUGGGGGCACAGAUCCCCCCCCCGCCCUAA